AGACCCUGUAGGAAAAAGAUUUGCGGAUGAGUCGGAAUGAUGAAAUAAUUAAAAUACAAUGAAACGUACAAGAAAGAACCGUACCAUUAGGAUAGCCACGUACAAUACCUCCUCGACCACCUCUGGAUCCACGUCGCUUUCCCUCUUGCACGCACGUUCGCCCGCUCAAUACAAACGACCCUCGACCGUGCAACCGCCAAUCACCGACCUAGUCACCCACAAAUCACAGUCCUCGUGCCUAUGGCUUGCAUAGCAUGUGAACGAUCACCAUCGUCAAUAUCACCUGAAAAUAGAGAAGGAAGUUCGUAAGGAGGAGACGAAAAAGAAUAAAGAUUUUCUAGGAAGAUACACCUACAUACAGCAAAAAUUCUACCAUAGAUGUAAAUUAGAUAUCGCAAUCACCCUUUGUGUCAUAUAUUUAUACGUAUACACAAUACCACCCGCAAUUUAUUUAUACGGUACCGCAAUGGCUGCACGACCAAAUGAAUUUUUGAAUACUUAUUUCAACUAUAUCUAUAGACAUGUUUCCAGAUCGUAGAUAAUUGAUGUACUAUGUGCGUUGUUGUGACAGCUGCAGGAUAUAUUUUAUGAAUAUGAUCGGUAUUUACCCGCAAUCAGAAUCAGGUCAUCCGGGAGUAAUUUUAUGACGCGCCUGUGUGCGUGUGCGAAGGGUACGAAUUAUCAGCUGCAGCAUACUCGUACUUGUAAUCGUUCAAUCCAAUUAAGCUUCGUAACUCGGAUUUAACUGAGGGGAGGUGGAAAGAAAAAAAAAAAUUAAGUUAUUACAGAGUAUCCAAUACAUCCAUAUGCGGUCACGUAUAAUAAAUUAUAAUUGAAAAUUCACACACGGAUGAGUGAAUUUUUGAUUUUGCAUCAUUACUUUUGAAUAAUAGUUAUCUUAGUUUCGUGGCGACACCGGGUACGUAUAAACAGAUUAUUAACUACCUCUUUUCAUCAUACUUCCAUGUUCUCUGAUUAUAAAAUACGUAGAUACGAGGGAGAAUCUCAUCGAAUGAUUCGGCAAAUCACUUAAAUAUCUCUCGGCCUGAUACUACUGAAUUUCCAAAUGAAAUCACACUUAUUUCCACCUACGUAUAGAACGUGUAUGAUUUUAGUUUUGCUCCAAAUGUUUUUGUUUUUUUCUCAUAAUCUAAUUUACAGAAUGCUUUGCACCGUCGAUCCCGUGGAAGCUGUAUCUGAAAGAACUUCAACAGGAAUUGAGAUGGAUCGUUGCAAGGGAGUUGGUGUAAGAAUUUUACCUUGGUCCAACGACGAUAACGAACCCCUUCAGUUCGCAAUAGUUAGCUUCAGCUGCAGCUAAUCGUAACUUGAAUUUCCUCCGGACCGCGGUGUAAAAAUUAAAUGCCGAUGGUGCCGAGUUCACUAUCUCCGGUGUCCAGCCGCGGUGAUCAUUCCUGCGGAAGGAUUUAAGACCGAUCCCUUCAGAUUCUCCCAGAUCCCAAGCAUUCUAACGAGGCAAUGUACGCCGCAGCUGGUGGUGCGAGCAUCGCAAGUAGAAGAAAGCAGAAAAAGCUUUUACUGCACAAAAGAGGCGGCGGAUGUGGUGGGACCGGAGGUCGUGCAGGUGCCGGAACUCUUGCCGGAGCAGGGGUUUCGGUGACGACGAUCGAACCACAGGGUAAUACGAAUCCUUAUUCGAGGCAGCAGAAUUUCUACCAGCAUCAUCAGCAGCAGGGAAGGACAAGGAGCGCGCCAUUCCCUAGACCCAGUCGAGUUUCCAGACCCCCACCUCUGGUAAUCGGAGGGUUGCAACAGCAGCAGCAGCUACAACAUCAAAACUGUCCACCUCAUCAUUGUCAUCGUAAUCAUCACAAUCGGCAUAACCCGCAGCAGCCGCAGCAGCAACUGAUACCAGUCUCUCCGAUCACCUUUCCUAUCUCGCCACCACCCCUCUCCAUAUCCCUAGAAUCUUCAAAUUCUUUGACUAAUUAUUCCGUAUCAAAGGCCAACCACUUUCCAUUCCCUCCACCCCCAGAUCUAAGAAUUUCAUCUACUACAGAUUUACAGUGUAGCGGCCAGAGUCAGGCACAGGGUAAAGCAGCUUGGCAAGGAUGUAGCAGGCCCUCACCUCUCCCCUUGACACCGGUUUCGCCACUUGGUUCUCGAACAGGUGAAGGUCUAAACUACAAGACAAAACAGUGCGAAGCUCAUCGACGAUGGAUGAAAAGAAACAGGAUACGAGAUGCGAGUUACUGUUACGGGAGCAGUGGCGAGGAGGAAGAAGAUGGUCAUGACUUCGGCAGGGGUGGUAGAAGAAGAGGCGAAGUAAGCGCAGCGGUGAAUACAGUUUUAUACGCAGGUCUGGGUACAACUGCGUUGGGCCUAGUGAUAUCUUUCGUAGGUACAGGGGAGAAGGGAUUUCAGAGUUCCGAGUUGAGACUCGUAGGCCCUUCUUUACUUUGCGCAGGUCUAUUGUGUUGUCUCCUCAGGGUUCUUCUCUGUCUGUGCCUCUGUCACUGCGGUAAAUGUAGAUGGCAUUCUCCUGGUUCAGAUAAAAUGGCAAAAUCCAAAGACCAGAAUCAUAUUCCGCCUUCUGCUCCACCUCUUCUCACAGCUUCCCUCCUUCCGCCGCAAACUCAUUCCCAAUCGAAUUUGCAGCACCCACUAGCUGAAGUCAGCGCAGCAAAUAAGGGACAAGAGCUACUUCUAUCUGCAGCGCAGCUUUCCGAAUGAUUGUAAACUAUUUUCGGGCCCAAAAUAGAACCCUAAAUUCUAGCUCUCCUUAAGAUGUCUCUGAUGAAAGUUUUUCUACGAUAUUCAAUAUUAGUGUUUUAGAUGAUCCGUAGAAAAGAAUAAACGUCAGUCGUAUGAGUCGUAACUUUGAGUGAUGAAACAACAAACGCAGAGAGAGCAAAAAUGUAGAAUUACGACAGACAAUAUUUGGAUCACAAUUAAUUUGCUUCUUGAAUGAUGAUUCGCCGUACCACUCUUGUUGUGGCAUUGACCGUUGCAAACGAAAUUAUUAUUAGCCUAUGUUAUAAUUAUCAUCGUUGUCCGCGUCGUCAUUAUUGUCAUCAUCAUCAUCAUCAUCAUCGUUAUGUUCAUCUUCAUUGCCAUCAAGCUACUGUUAUGAUGAGAUAUGACGACUGACACUAAGAUCGGUAUGUUAGGAUCAGGCAGGUUAUUGAGUCUGGAAAUCUAAAUAGCUUCAAUUUGUUAUCAUUUAUAAAAGUUUAAGAGUGUUUUACACCAUGGACUUGUUUUUACGAUUAUCAUUAUCAUUAUCAUUAUAAUGAAUAUAUACAUUGAUUAUCACUAACUUUAAGAUAUUUGGGAGGUUUAAAAUGACCCAACAUAUUAUACGUAUACAUCAGCUUCAAGGACGCAAUAUAAUUAUUAGCGUGCCCCGCCCCUUGGAACUUUUAAUAAAAAAAUCCACAGUAUGGAAACAAAUAAAAAAAGAAAACGAAAAUGACGUACUGUGUUGCGUACUUGUUGAUAGAUAUAAAAAAGAAAAGUGGACCGGUGUGCUUGAAGAGAGAAAGAUAAUGAAAAAAUGAAAGAUUGAAAAAUUGAAUAAAAUCAAAUA